AUGCCGCGGAUACGAUCGGAAUAUUUAUUUAUAAUUCUCACUGUUUUCUAUAUUGGUACCCUUCUUCGAUUUUUAUUUUAUCCACUUGAUUCAUCGUCAUCACAUCCGAAUUUACACCAAUUCAAAUACAAAGUAAAACAAUUAGAAAAACUUUUACAAGAGGAUAAAAAUGAAAUUGCAUUGCUUCAGAAGAAACUUAAUGAGAUUGAAAAGCGAAAGAAUGCUAGCAUGACAGAAUCAAUGAAGCCUUAUCAUAAAUCUUUGUCACAUAAGUUUAAGCCAUCUCUUGGUCGAUUAUCAGGCAACGGAUGGCCUUAUCAAAUUCCUAUUCUGGUAUUCGUAUGCAAUCGUCCAAAAGCAAUUGACAAUCAUCUUAAAAAACUACUCAGGUAUCGACCAUCGAUUGAAAAAUUUCCAAUAAUAGUAAGUCAGGAUUGUGAUGAUUCUCGUGUCAAGAAGGUCAUCGAGAAAUUUGGUACCGAGGUGAUUUACAUUAAGCAUUUGAGCAGUCAGAAUGCUCAUGUUACAACAAGUCCGGAACAUAAACGUUACAUUAUUUAUUAUCGGAUAGCACGACAUUAUAAACUUGGUCUAUCAUAUAUAUUCGAUAAGCUUAAUUAUUCUAGUGUUAUCAUCACUGAAGAUGAUUUGGAUAUAGCACCGGAUUUUUUCGAAUACUUUAGCGCUACACGUCCGCUUCUGGAUGCGGACGAGACGUUAUAUUGUGUAUCAGCGUGGAAUGAUAACGGUAAAACUUACCUAAUUGAUAAGAAACGACCGGAGUUGUUAUAUCGUAGCGAUUUUUUUCCGGGACUUGGAUGGAUGAUGACCAAAGAAUUAUGGAAUGAACUAGGUCCUAUUUGGCCAGAUGGAUUCUGGGAUGAUUGGAUACGUAAUAAUACCAUACGUAAAAAUCGAGCUUGCAUUAGACCUGAAAUAUCACGUACUGGAAUGACUGUUGAAGGAAAAAAGGGUGCAAGCGGGGGAUUGUUCUUCACGAAACAUCUAACCAAAAUAAUUCUCAAUGAAGUUUUUGUAAAUUUUACAAAAUUAAAUUUGCGCUAUUUACUGAAAAAGAAUUAUGAUCGUGCCUUUAUGAAACAGGUAUUUUCUACACCGCUCGUCUCAUCAACCGAACAAUUAAUGAAAGCUAUGAUGGGUAAUGGUCCGAUACGCAUUCAAUACAGGACAUUAGAAAAUUAUCUUCAAAUUGCUGAUCAUUUGAAAAUAAUGCGAGAUUUCAAGGAUGGAGUACCACGGACAGCAUAUUUGGGUAUAGUAACAUGCUUUGUGAAUAAAAUACGGAUAUAUUUAACGCCAGACCGGGAUAGUUGGUCAGGAUACGAUCCAAAAUGGGAAGCAUCGUCAGAAUAG